AUGAACCAUCAUCGCCUCGGUGAACCACCCGCUGCAGCUACAAGAUUAAUUCAUCAUCAUUCAACAAUAUGGACCAACAUUAACAAUAAUACUCCAAGAUUUUAUGGAAAUGGCUGUAAUGUUAUAAGUAGUCUUAAUUAUCCUCAAAUUCCUAGUAAUUCAGCUUUUCCUAAUGAUGAAAAGAAGGGAGAAGUUCAAGAUCAUCGAUCUUGCUCAACAAAUCGAUUCUUCACCAACGAAAGGUUGCCUAAAAUGGUUUUGGUUGAUCUAGUAUUUCACUAUGGUGGGAAAUGGAUAAGAGAGCCUAAAUUGCUCUAUGAGAGGAAGCUUGUUCACAAAUGGGAAGGCUAUGUGGGUGUGCAGCAGUUACUAGUAUCUGUCCCUUCUGGAAAGUACUAUGAAAUAGAAGGUGAUGAGGGGAUUAUGACAUUAUUGUCCUUUGUUAAUGAUAAAUUUAAUGUAAUUAAUUUAUUUGUUGUUGAUGAUUGUGAGUUAGAUGUUGAUGUUGAGAAUAUAAUCAAAAUGUUAGAGACUGUGGUAGUUAUUGAUGAUGUAUCUACUGAUUGUACUUCUGAUGGUACUGAAAAUGAUAGUGAUACUUCCAAUGAUAACUCUGAUUAUAAUUCUGAAGAAUUAGAGGUUCUUGCACUAGAAAGGAGGAGGGUAAUUGAUGGUAGCUUGUGUGAUUACAAGGAUUUACACAAGUCAAUGACAUUUAAGGAUAUAGCUGAAGCUAGAAGAUACAUUAGUUUGCAUUCAUUGGCAAAUGGCUAUAACUUAACUACUAAAAAAAGUGACAGAAAAAGACUUAGGGUUGUUUGCAGAGAUAAAUGCAACUUUGUAUGUCUAAUUUCUGGUGAAAAGCAUGUUGCCGGUGUUAGAGUGAAAACAUUGAAAAGAGAUCAUAAUAAAGCAUGCAAGGAUCCAUGUGCUAACUAUAAGGUCAGUGCAACUACAAUGGCCUUUUACUUUAAGAAGAAGUUGCAAGCUAAUCCCAAAUACAAGAUAAAGAAAAUGAGAGUUGAUAUGAAAACUGCUUUCAACAUUAAUGCUCAUUUUGAAAAGUGUAAGAGAGCUAAAAGAAUGAUUUUGGAGGACAUGGAAGGCAGUUUUUGUGAUGAUUAUAAGAAAAUUGUUGGGUAUGCAAAUGCUUUAAAAAAGAGUAAUCCAGGAACUGAUGUUGUCCUUAAGGUUUCAAGAAAUGCAUUAGAAGAUAGAAAAAGAAAAUUUUCGAGGAUGUACAUUUGUUUUGAUCCAUUGAAGAGUGGAUUUAAGAAUGGGUUGAGACAUUUCAUUGGCCUAGAUGGUACAUUUUUUAAGGGUAAAGCUAAAGGUCAAUUGUUAUCUGCUAUUGGUCAAGACUCAAUGAACCAUUUUUAUCCUAUUGCUUGGGCUAUUGUGGACAGAGAGUGCAAGGCAUCUUGGGUGUGGUUCUUGGAAUUACUUCAGAAGUCUCUAAACAUCAACAAUGGAGAAGGAAUCACAUUCAUGUCUGAUAUGCAAAAGGGAUUAAUUGAAGCUGUUAAAAAUAUUUUACCUAAUGCUAUGCAUAGAUUUUGUGUGAGGCACAUAGAGGCCAACUGGAGAAAAAAAGGUAAGAGAUCUAAAAUGAUGACUAAGGUAUUGUGGUGGUGUGCAUGGAGCACCUACAAAGAGGAGUUGGAUGAUUAUUUGAAGACCUUAGGUCAACUGUCUGAAGAAGCAAAAGACCAUCUGUUGCAUUUUCCAAUACAAACUUGGUGUAGAGUAUUUUUUGACACUGUUUGCAAGAACAGUAAGGUGGAAAACAAUUUGGUUGAGUCAUUUAACUCUUGGAUAUUGGAAGCAAGACACAAGCCAAUAAUUGUUAUGCUUGAGGAUAUAAGAAUCAAUGUUAUGACCAAGUUUGUCAAAAAUGAAGAUGAACUGAUGACUUGGAACUGUGAUUGGAGUCCUAUAGCUAUUGAAAUGUACAAUGAAUUCUUGAAGAUUGCUAAUGUGUGUGAAUUAAAUUUCAAUGGAGAUGAUGGAUUUGAGGUAAGUGAAGGAAAUGACAGACACAUUGUCAAUUUGGCAGCUAAGAAAUGCACAUGUAGGGUAUGGGAUCUUACUGGAAUACCAUGUCCCCAUUCAAUCAAGGCUUUUCUUUACAAGAAUCUUGAUCCAUUGGAAGAGAUUCACUGGUGGUACUCUAAGGAGGCAUAUCUUUUGACUUACCAUUGUAAGCUACAACCAGUGCCUGGUCAAAAGUUUUGA